UAAAUACACUUAUGUGCAGCAUAAGUGACUUUAUGGUACAAUGAAAGAUUGUAACUUUUAAUUGUAUUAAGUCUUUUGAUAUCAUGUUUUGUAAAUGUUAGAAAUAUUAGAAAUAUGUAGAAAAUAGUUUUGUACAGUACAUAGGUGCUUAUCUGACUUGAAACUCUUAGGAAUUUUGUAAUUGAUAUGGGGGCGCUACUUCAAGCACAUGUUUUAAUAUGCAGCCUCUUUUUCAAAUAGCUGCCGAAGGAAGAACACGUACAGAAAUUUGCAGACCAUAAAAUAUUUGAUGCAAAUGAUUCAUACAUCAUGUCAGAUGGCACCGUAUUCGUUGCCGUUGUAUCGAUUGCCUCGGCAAAAAUUGCAUUCUUAGUUUAUUGCAGACGUAAAAAACUUCAAAGGUUUGAAAAAAUUGGGACAAUUAAAUCAAUAAACCAGUUUCCUGUUAAAUCUGGUGGUCCAAUACACCUGGACACCGCUAAAUGUACAGUCACUGGAUUACGUUACAACAACAUUACAGACAGACACUGGAUGGUAAUACGACGGGAUAGAGCUUUUUUGUCUGCCCGACAGGAACCAAAAUUAGUUUUGAUCAAACCAUCAUCAGAUGGUAACAAUCUGCUUCUCGAUGCACCAGGGAUGCGAACUUUAGUCUUGCCAAAAUGUCCACCCAUCGACAAAAGUACAAAGUUGAUAAAAUGCAGAAUUUGGGACGAAUAUAUAACUGGGUUAUAUUGUGGAGAGGAUGCGGAUAGUUGGAUAGCUAAAUACCUUGGUUAUGACGGACCUUCGAUAGUUGUUUCUACACCAUCCAUGGAAAAAAGAGAUAGCUCUUUAGUAGUGAAAGAGUUCGGCAAUCCCGCUGUUGAAGGAGAUCUGAGUGCCUUUGCAGACUUUGGUGCUUAUAUGAUAUUAUCACAAGCAUCUUUAGAUGAUCUCAAUACAAGACUAGAGAAGAAAGUUACAAUGACAAGAUUUAGACCAAAUAUUACUAUCGACGGUUGUGGUCCAUACGACGAGGACAACUGGGCAGAAAUGAAAAUAGGCAGUUCAGUGUACAUGAGGUUGUUGGAUUUAUGUGGUAGAUGUAACUUAACAACAGUUGACCCUGCAACGGGAGAAAAAGACGUUAAAAGACAACCCCUAGAGACUUUAAAGUCUUACAGGUGCGUAACGGAAGAUAUUGUUCCGUGUUUUGGCGUGAAUGCAGCUAUUGACAUAGAAGGUGAAAUUAAAGUUGGUGACCCAGUCUAUGUGAUUAGGAAGUAGGAAUGUUACUGCAAAAAAAAAGGAUCACCAUAGAAUACUCCUAGUCUCUUGAUCAAGACUACAAGUAUGCAUUCAGGACAAAAAUAUUGUAACUUCUGAGAAGAACAACAAUAAUGUUUUUUUAAGACACAAAUUAAUAAGCAUUUACAGUCUUCCAUUUUGUAUGUUUUGUCAAUGAAAAAUAAAUAAACAAUAAAAAAAAUCUUUAUUUAGAGUCGACAUGGUUUACAAUCUGGUUUAAUAGCAUAUUAAUUUGACUAACUGGAUAUUGUGGUUAAAUGUAUGUAGAAAUAUUGAAAUUAAAACAUAGCACGACAUAUUAAUACAUAAAUCUUUUUUUUCCGAAAACAGACGUGUUAUAUUUUCGUGUUUUUUUUUUGCCUUCGAAAAAAUUAUUUGGAGUAGGUUUUUUAAAUAAAUUUGAGAUAAGA